UUUGUGUUGAAAUAUUUGGUGUCAGCAUACAUAACGUAGCAAUCCUCUGUACAGGUGUGUGACUGUAUGGAAAUUUCUAGUAUUUGCAACUCCCUAAUGGAUUGUAAGCUUUGAAUAACAAUGAAUUUAAGUGAGCAUAGUACUUAGCAUCGACUGUCGUUAAGAACCGAAGAACGGACUGGAAAGAUGGCCGAGAACCACGAUGUUAAAACUCCCGAGAAGUCCGGGGACCUCGCUGAGGGAUCUCCGACCAUUCAACUGGUGAGUUCAUGCUGUUCCGUAACUUAAUUGAAUGAGGAUUUUAGUGAGAAUACUUCGGAAAAGUGCAUAAGGUCUGUUUAUUGUCAAAGUAGUAAUUGAUGUGUCAUAAGGCGAUGCAACAUUCUUUCCAGUGAAAUUCAAAGUGCCAAUAUCAAGCUCAUAUUUUCGAAUUUACCAUGAUCUCUGCAAUUGCAUUGAAAGCUUUGGCAUGUCUCCAUGUUUAGCUUAUUAAAAGCUUGUUUUUGGUUGGUCCAUGACUUUCGACCUCUCUCAUCUUUAUGCGUUAUGGCUUCUUAGGUAAAGAAGUAAUUUGCCUUAAAUUUGUUAAAGAAUCGCAAUCCUUUUAUUAUGUUCCGAUUUCCGCACGGUCUUACAUGUAUACACACUGUAUGUAUUCUGAUAGUAUUCCUUGUAAACAAACAGUGCAUAAUAAAUACCGGUAUGAUGCAUGACAUUGGGGCUUUGCGGAAAUCUUGCCUGAUCUGUUCCAGCCUGUUCCUGUCAGUUGAUCAGUGGAACAGAUGAAACAUCUAUCUAUACAGUAAAAAAGAUCUAGAAAAUAUUUAUGCGGAAAAAAAUGAGAGCUUUGUUAAAGCCUUGCCAUCCAGACAACCCUAAUGUAAUGGUGUUUAAAUAAAAUUAGUACAGAUGACUAGAAGCAAGCAAACAAAAAUACUGGCUGUGCUUGAAGACAAAUCAGUGUGCAUAUGUGCCAUGUUUGUUUUUUUUUUGUUUUGUUUUUAAUAACAUUUAUUGGUUACAACACUUCUAAUGACAAUACUUACAUUUACAUGGAGGAAAAAUAAAAACAAUGUACAAGAGAUAAAGGAAAAAUACAAUGUUACAGCAUUUACAACUAAUUAAGCCUAAAAAAAUUUACAAAAUUGACUACUAUUUGCAAAAUUGCAAAAUAAAACACGAUACAACAAAAACAUAAGGAGUCUGUCCUACCAACUAAAAGGUGCUUUGCAUUUGCAUUUGUUUCUGCAUCACUUUUAACUUUUGGAACUUUUGGAAUUAUUUAAUAACAGCAAGUUUAUUUGUCCGAGGGGCAAAGUUUAAGAGGGUUCCAUUUGUUUUUGAAGGAGGACAUAUUGUUAUUAUUAGAGGCAAUCUCUUUUUCAAUUUCCAUGAAGUUCAUAAUGGUUUGUAUAUAAACCAUGUACCAUGUUACAUACUACUGAUUUUGAUCAUACAGUGUAUAUAAUGUAUGUUUAAGGUAAUAAAAAAACAGCUGAUUAGAAUAAUUGUUACACUGUUUAUAAGUUGAUCCAAUGAUACAUGACUAAAUUAUUUCACUCAUUGAGACAAGGCUUUUCUGCUAAAGUCUGAGUGAAACAAGCAUGCAUUUUUCUUAAAGGAAACAAUAAUGUUUUAGUUUCAGGAGGUAAUAAUAGCCCAAAAAUAUUAAUCAAGGGCGGGCUUGUCACAUUUCUGGGACAAGUAUACCUUUGGGGAUUUCAGGUGAAUUUUAAUCACCAUCGCUUUCAAUAUCUUGUUCAUGUUCUCUUAAAACGAGCUCCAGUGUCUGAGCUCUCUUUGUUCGAAUCAACAUAAUCUCCUUUACGCAGUUUUUGUAAAGAUAUCCUUGGUGCAGUUGUCAAACAGCAGUCCUUCCUUUCAGGCUUCUUGUAUUUGAUGUGGCCUCCAUUUCAAUGAUCAACUUUGUACUGGCUUGUUUCACACGCGAUUUGUACAUUGUAUUAAAGAAGUGGUGAUCUGCAAUGCAUUGUAUCCAUAGCUUAUAACAUUACAUGCCUUGAUGGCUUUCUUAGUCAUAUUGAACGAAUGGUAGUGGCUUGUUAAGAUUAUCCAAUUUUAUGGUUGUACCUUUUUGUCCCCUUAGAUUGAGCAAACAGAGAAGGUCAAACACAAAGUCCGCAUCCAGAAAAAGAAUGGCAGAUAUUACUUUCAACAUCCAUAUGCAAGACUGUUUGUGGCCUAUUUUGUUAUUUUCUGCAACUUUUUAAUCUAUGCAGAAGAUCCUGUGUCACACAGUAGAGCCAACUGCACUAUUCCUGUGGUAGGGAAUGACUUUGCCUUUGUUACUUACAGGUAAUGUUACUAAAAGUAACAAUAAUGUAAGCUAGGCUUCUGUCAUUGCUGUGUCCUGUACAGUGUGGUUGAAUCUGUUACAUUGGUACAUCAACCUCUCAAAAAUUACCACUGUCAGUUAUUAAGGUGCACUUUUAUUGUCACUCAAAAAUACCAGUGUAUAUUAAAUUCUCUUUGCCGUAAA